CGUCUUCGUCCCUCGCAUUCCCUACAUCUUCUAGAGCUCUCAUGGCUGAUUGCUGUAAUAUACUAUAUCCGAAACACCGAAAUGGCACAGGAUGCGCCCUCCCACCAAGAUGACCUACUCGUGAGUAGGGUCAACGGCGUCGCAAAGCCAGCCGCGGCAUCUGAUGCGCCCCUCACAUUACCGGAGAUUUGCGACGGGCUGCGGCGCAAAGUGAUCGCGUUCCUGGAGGAGAAGACGGAUGACGAGGUGUUGCGGAAUGUGCAGAGUCAGGUUCGGGUGUCGAUUGGGGUUAUUGAGGAGGCGCUGCAGCGAUAUAGGCCCGAACAGCUAUCCCUCUCGUAUAAUGGCGGGAAGGACUGCAUUGUAUUGCUGGUGUUGAUUUUGGCUUGUUGGCCGGCAUAUGCUUCGUCCUCCACCUCCAUCCUUAAGACUACAAACACAACCAACCCUCCGCUGUCAUCCUCCGAACCUCAACCCUCAACCUCUCCGUCUUCCCCUCAGCCCCUCCAAGCAGUCUACGUCGUCUCCCCCCACCCAUUUCCCGAAGUCGAGGCUUUCGUCGCAACUUCAGCAACAGAAUACCACCUCGAUCUGGCUCGGUACGCCUUGCCCAUGCGCCCCGCACUCGAGGCAUACCUAGGCGAGAAACCGGCCGUCAAGGCUAUAUUCGUGGGAACGAGACGGACAGAUCCACACGGAAAGUUCCUGAAGCACUUCGAUCCCACAGACAAAGACUGGCCGCAGUUCAUGCGCGUGCAUCCAGUUAUCGAUUGGCAUUAUGCGGAGAUUUGGGCUUUCAUCCGCCAUUUAGGCAUCCCCUUUUGUAAUUUGUACAACCAGGGCUUCACCUCGCUCGGUGGCAUGACCGACACGCACCCAAAUCCGGCGCUGGCACUCGACGCUAACGCGACGAUGUUCCGGCCAGCGUACGAGCUGGUGGAUGACGAUGAGGAGCGCUUGGGCCGGGAUUCUUAGGAUCGUCUCGGCUCUGUGGAUUCGGACGACUCCUUCAUGGAUUGCAAGCUGUGCGUUUUGGAUA